AAAAGCAUAUCUUUGUCCCCUUACAAUAAAAAACCCAAACUUUGUCCCUUUAGAACAAAAAAAAAUGAAAAACCUGUUUUGUCCUUUUUAAUAAAAUAGGUUAAUAGUAAGAAGUAAAAAACAAACGGAUUCAGUGAAAAAUUGCUUCACUUUCUUUGUCUCCGACUCCCGUUUCAUAAGGAACAAAAGGCGAUUCCGCCGUCGACUCUCUCUUUAUUUUAUCCGUUCAAGUUCGUCGGAGACGACGAUAUCGUCGUCACAUCUCUCCUUCGUCCUCCUUCUGUCGUCUUUACUCUUUUUGAAUCAUCGAUUACAGAGAAUUGAAGGUUAGGGUUUGGAAAUCCCCUUUCUGAUUUUUUUCCGUUUUUGUUUACGUGCAUGUAGUAUAAAGAGCAUGAAUUGUUUAAAAAUACAAAUCGAAUCGCAUUUUGAUUUUCGUUUGUGGGUUGAGUUGAUUGUGAGGUCAUCGUAGUUCUUGUUCUAUACGAUUCUGAGUUAUAUUUUGUUUGGUAUUGAAUUUGCUUUGUGUUUUGAAUUCGUAAUGGACUUAAAAGGCUAAUGAGUUGAUGUUUUUGAUUUCAUGUUUUAUAGGAAUGGAUUACCAGUUUCCAAAACGCUUUAUUGAAGAAGGAGCUGAGACCAAGAUUGAUAAGAUUAACAACACCUGUAGGCGCACGAUUCUGGGGACGCUGAAGGUGGUUCUCAGGGAUGAGUAUCAAGAAGUUUUGAAAGACCCUGUCUUCGGUCCGAUUCUGGCAAUCGUAGAGAACAAGCUUAUUUACUCAGGAAAGGUUAUUCACAGUUUCAUAUGCAAGCAGCUCAAGGUUUCCAAGCUUCACGAGUUGUGGUUUCUAUUUGCAAAGAGGCCUCUCAGGUUUUCUAUGCAAGAGUUUUAUGCUGUGACUGGAUUGAAGUUCAAAGAAGAACCCGACGUAGACUUCAAUAACUGGAAGAGUGAUAAGGGGUUCUGGAGCACGGUGCUGAAGGAAAAUAAGAAGAUCAACUUAUUGGUUAUAAGGGAUGAGCUCCUUAAAGUCUGUAAGGAGUGGACGUAUGUGGACAGGGUGCGACUAGUGUAUCUGUGUAUAAUACAUGGAUUCGUCAUUGCGAAGGAUUUGAGAGUGUUUAUCCCUCACGAGUUCAUCCGUUUGGUGAUGGAUUUUGAGAAAAUGAGGAUGUAUCCUUGGGGUCUUCGCGCCUAUGAUGAGCUGCUUGCAUCAAUAUUCAAAGCAAGGGAAGAUGUGCAUCUGAAGAACAGCUAUGUAUUGGAUGGAUUCUCAUAUGCGUUUCAGAUAUGGAUUAUGGAGGCAAUCCCAGACAUCGGUUCUAUGGUGGGUAAAAAGAUCAAAAACAACUUGACGAAAGUGAGAUGUAGGAAUUGGAAAGGAAGUGGAAAAGUAUCAUAUCAAGAUAUCACCAGCCUAGAGUCCAACUUUGAUAAGGGAGAGCUGUUCCCGUUUAUAUCAUCUACUGGGAGCUUGGAUGCAACUGAUAAUGCUGAGUUCUUUAGGGAAGAUGAGAAGAAUGACGAAAGAGUCAAUCGCAUUGUUGCUCUGAUCAGUGCCAAACAAGACUGGAAGCAAUUCACUUGGGAAGUUGAGACUCUGCCUCCAAAUAUGGAGUUAUCUGACGCAGAAGAGGAUGUCGAAGUUGAAAAUGUCACAGAAACACCUGUGGAGGAACCGGCUGUUGUUGAAGAGGAACCAGCUGUUGUUACAAAAAGGGGGAAGCGUAAGCUAAUUGAUCCUGGUGUCGAGUCUCGAAAGAAACAACUUCUUUGUCAAAGAGCGGCUGAACAUAACAGUGUUGUCUCCGGUGAUAUGAAGACCUUCAUUGAAGGUUUGUUCAACUCUUCUUUCAAUUCUUUUAAGGAGCUGCUGCAGAAGGACAUACAAGAGCGUUUUGACAAGGUCGACAAUGAGAUGGCUCAACUGAAGGCAACAGUGUCGCAGAUUACGGGUCCUUCAGUUGCAGUGGGACGAGACAUAGCAUCUGAGAUUCUCUGUCCUUCUGCAACACUUGGGAAAGAGCAAGAGAAAUCAUCACAGAGUCCGGGUCCUUCAGGAGCAAAGGGAAAAGGCAAAGGCAAGGCAUCUGUGAGUGUUGAUCCUCCUCCGCUUCGUCGUAGCCCUCGGCCAGUAAGAAAGGUAACCAAAACAUGAAGCUUUGAAUUAUGUAGGACGAAACAUCUUCCGUUGUAAGUGUUUAUGUGGUUUGACUAUUUUGUAAUGUCCUUGUAUUGUGCUAUGUUGCAUAUCGGCUUGUAAUGUAUCUUUUUGUUUGCUAUGAAGUGAACUGAUAACUUUGACAUGUUAGCUUGGCUAUUU